AUGUGGCGGCGCGCGAUUGCAUGGCGCGUGGGGCGCUUCAGCGAGAAAGAGCAGUGCGCUCUGCGCUCCCCCCGUGCGUCGCUCGGCUUCUCCCCUCUGCGACCCAAGCCCGUGGCUAAGCCGCCCAGCAAGAAGCCCAGGCCCAGGGAUGUGAUGGGUACCGCUGCUGCUGUGAAGCCCAGAGCGGUGCACAGCGGUCAAGCGACCGUCGCAGCUGCAACAGCCAAAGCCACGCCAGCCAAGGCGACGGAAGCUAAGCCGACGUCAGUUAAGGCGACGCCAGCCAAGGCGACGCCGGCUAAGGCGACGGAAGCUAAGGUGACGUCAGCUAAGGUGCCGUCAGCUAAGGCCACGCCAGCUAAAGCCACGCCAGCUAAGGCGACGCCAGCCAAGGCGACGCCAGCCAAGGCGACGCCAGCUAAGGCGACGCCAGCUAAGGUGACGCCAGCUAAGGCGACGCCAGCUAAGGUGACGCCAGCGAAGGCGACACUUGCAAGCCCUACUGCCGCGGUAGGUACGAAGGCUGCAGGUGCAAGCAGCCGAGCAGCAGCACCAGCAGCAGCAGCAGCCGCACCAGCCGCAGCAGCUCCCCACAGCCCGAAGGCGGGUCUUGUUGGCGUGUCUGGAAUCCCCAGACCUGCAGGCAGUGCAGCAACAAGGAGGGCCGCAGCAGGAGCGACUGCGAGUGGCAUUCCCAAGCCAGGGAAGGGUGUUGUGGGAGAGAUGGGUGGAGAGGUGGAGGAAUGUGGUGAGCUGGAAUGGGGAGGCAUGGCAUGA